AUGUUAGUGAGUUCGUGACUGAAUUUAGGUUUUUAAAUAUGAAUAGUGAAGAUGUGAUUGAAAGAAAGAAUGCAUUUUAGAAAUCAUAUGAGUGUUAAAGAAAUUGUAAACUCAAAUGCACUGUGAUAAUUAAAAUAUCAUAAUUAACAGUGUGAUGAAUAGCAGUGGAUAUCGUGGAAGAAACUUUGGACCUCGGGGAGCUCGUAUAAAUGGUCCAACUUGUGGCUUUAAUGGACCCAGAUUUCCGCAUCCGAGUUUUAAUCAUCCAAGACCACCACAUAGAUUAUCUGGUCCUGAUAAAUGGAUAGAACGUGCAAAUUUUGCACCUUGGCAACAGAAUAAAAAUUUCUUUCCUCAUCCACAAUAUAGGGGUAAUUUACAAUUUCGACCAAAUAAUAGAGGUAGAACAACAGGUCGUGGGAUACUAAGAUUUUCUGGUCCUGGUAGACCAUCAACUGCACAAUUUUGUAUGGGUUUUAUAAGAAAUCCUGUACAUAGACCACCAUUACUUCAAGAAGAACAAGAUGGAGAUAAGUCUAUAUUGAUAUCACAAACUCCUUUACUUGGUUCUGAAGAAGAACGUCAACAAAAGAUUUUAGAAACUGCUGACAAAUUAAAACAAAAAUUAUCUUCUAUAACAGAAGAAGAACUUACAAAUUUUUGGGAAGAUGAUUUAUCUGUUUUGCCAAAUAAUAGCUCUGAAGAAGAAAAUAUACGAAAUAAAGGUAUUCCUGAACUCAGUCAUGAACCACCUGAACUUGACUUGACAUUUACUGAUUUUAGAGAUAUAGGCAGAGUUGAUUGCAUUAAUUCAAAAUUUGAAAAUGUAGAUAGUAAAUCUAAUAAUGAGAUUUCAAUUAGUUUUGAGCAAAAGUCAACAGAUAAUGUUAUAAGUACAAACGAUAAAAUUACUAUUAUAGAUGAAAAUAAUAAAGGAAAAUCUUUGAUUAUUUUGGAUUCAAUAUGUGAUAAAAAUAAUUUAUUGAAAAAUGAUAAAUGUUAUAAACAGAUACAUCAUGAUUUAACUAAUUUUGAAUAUAAUGAAAAAAAUUUACAUUUUCAAAAUAAUAAUGUUCAAGAAAGUUUAAUAACUUCAAAUAAUAUUAAUGAGAAAUCAUCAAAUUUAAAUAAAAAUAUAACAAAUUUACUAUCAAUAGAAUCGGUAAAUGAUUCAUUACCAAAAAAAUCUCCAAAUGUAAAUAAUAUAGAAUCAAUACUAGUAUCAACUACAAAUAAUAAUAAUGAAUUAAAAAUAAAUUUUUCGCAAAAUCAAAAUAUUGUGCAAAUAGAUACACAGAGUAUAAAUGAAAAUAUUACACAAGACAUUAACAUAAAUGUACAACAUAAUAAUGAUUAUGUAGAAACAAAAUUACUUGAAAAUAAUCAAAUUCAAAAUAAUUUGCAAACAAAUAUAUCUCAAGAGAUAAGUUAUAAAAAUUUAGAAACUAUUUCUGAUUGUUCUCAAAAUAGAUUAUCUAAUUUUUCAUCUUCUAGUGGAGAAAUUUAUUCAAAUAUUAGUUGUGAUUCUACAUCUACAACAUGUUCAAAUUAUAAUGAUUCAUCUAUUUUUCAAUCAAGAAUCUUCAAUAUACCACUUAGAUUCACUCCAAGAAUUGGUGGAUCUAAAUAUCAUUGGACUUUUCAACAGAAUGGGAAAAAUUUAUUUUUUAAGGGAUCGCAAAGAUUAUCUUUUCAUGAUAAUCAAAUAUCUUCACCAAGACAUGUUACAUCAUUUAAGUCAACUGAUUUAAUUCCAGUUGAAUUUGAUCCAAGAGCACCACCACCACCAUUUAUGCAUAAUAUACCUAUUUCAAGCCAUGAAUUUCAACAAACUGCAAUAGUGUCAUUUUCUUCUAAUAAUUUGCCCCCUACUUUUAAUCCAAAUACACCUCCUCCAAAUAUAAGACCAAAAUCAAAUAUUGAAUUAUCAGAAGAAUGGUUACAGCCUGUACCCUCUUUAAAUUUAAGAGAUCAAACAAUAAAUACUCAAAGUAAUUUAAAAGUUAUACAACCAUCUGCUUUUGAUCCUAGGGGAUCACCUAGAAUUUCAAAUAUUCCAAUAACAAUUAAUGAAAAAAUAUCUGAAUUCAAUCCUCAACAGCCACCACCUAAAAUUCAUAGAAGAGAAAAAAUUCUUCAACCUCCACCAAUUUUUGAUCCACGACUUUCUUCUCAAGAACGUUCUAAUUUAAUUGCUCCCUUAGAUAUUUCCGGAUCAAAUAUGAUACCAUUCAAUUUAAUUGAAACAUCGCCAGUGUCAGAUUUUAAAAUCGAUCCUGUUACACAAAAUUUUUCGCAGCCACCUCCUAUAAACAUUUCGUCUCAUCAAACGUUUAUUUCUAAUGUGCAAGUGAAUUUUCAGUCUAUUAUAUCACAAACAGGUAAUGAACAGAAAAUAAUAAGAGAAUUCUCAUUACCUCUGCCUCCUAUAAAUAUCACUGAACUUCCUCCACCACCACCUCCACCAAAAGAGCCUUUGAUAGAAAAAAAUUCUAAUCUCAAUCAAAAUGUAAAUAUGGAUGAUGGAUUAGAAGAUAUGCAAGAAGCAAUGGAAUUUGCAAAACAAAUAAUGAAUUUGAGUGAAGAAAUAAAUAAUGAUACACCUUCAACAUUUUCUGAAUUAUCAUUAACAUCAAAAAUUCCAAUACCAAAUGAAACUUCAUCAUAUCAUUCUUUAUCAAUAGAAGAGACAAAUACAAAUACUACAAAAAAACAGAAAAAAAUGGAAAAUAAAAAUAAAAAAUGUAGGCAAAAUGUAAUUUAUGGACCAGAAUUGAUUUUUGAAAAACAAAAAAAUACUACAAUAAUAGACGAAAAACAAAAUUUACAAAAUCAAAAUAAAAAAACUGAAGAUAUAUUAUUAUCAAAUGAUCAAAUAAGACCUAAAGUAAUAUUCAAUUUAAAUUCCAAAACAAAAAGAAUACAUAAACCAGAAGACUGGCAUAAAAUUUCUAUAAAUAUUUCUGAUAAUAAAGAAAUUUCUCAACAGAAAACUAUUCAAAAUUCUAAUAAAGAAAAAGAUAUAUAUAAUCCUAGAAAACAUUAUGAAAUUAGAAAUAAUCAAAAUAAAAAUCAACAAAAAGAAAUCAAAAUUAAGAAAAAUUCAAUACAUUCUGCAUCACUUACAAAUAUCUCUACACAUGAAAAAUCAAAUGAUACAUGUUAUCAUUAUAAAAAUUAUACCAAAGAUAUAGAAAAAGCACAUUCGUCCAAUAUGAUAACAUUUAAUAAUAUAAUUACUCAAAAUAAUAAUCAAAUGAUCAAUCCAAAAAAAGGAUCUAAAGAACAAAAUGUUGCUACCUCAGAAUCUUUAUGGAAAAAUAGAGUAAUCAGUCGUUUCCUAAAAAUGAGUAAAAACGAUAUUUGCAAUAUGGUGAACAAUUCAAGCCUUCGUAAGUUUGAUAUUGUAAUGAGACAUCUAGUAAAGGAAAGAAGAUCUUCUCUUUCUCUAGAAUUAAGAAACACUGAAGAUGAGAAAAUGAAAGAAUAUGAUAGAGAAGAAUUUAUGAAUCAGUUAAAUGCAAUGUUAGAUCCAAGUACUGUUGUAGGCAUUACAGAUUUACCUACAGAAUUUAUUCAUCAUUUGAGCGAAGUUUUACAACUUGAUCCUAUGCCAUUUGAUAUUGAAAGCCAAAAUAUAGAUGAUGAUGAAAUUGAAAUUAUAAAUCAAAAUGAAAAUUUGAAAAUAAAUACAUGUGAAUAUGCAAAUGAAGAAAAUUUAAAAAUUCAAUCUUUCAUUCAACCAGAUUUUCAAAAUGUACAUGAAGAAAAAAUAGAAGAUAAUUUUUUAUAUAAUAAUAAAGAAUCUAUUCAUUAUUCCUUGAACACAGAAUUAAAUUUAAAUACUUCACGAGAAAAUACUAAUUUGUCGCAUAAAUCAAUCUCGAACAAUAUAAAUUCCGAAAUUGAAAAUAUACAUAAAAAGCAACCAUUAUUUAAUGAGGCUGACUUAGAUGAUAUAUUAUCUGAAGUUACAGAAAAAACAAAAAAUUUACCAAAUGCAAGUUUGUCUAUCAAAUCAGAGAAAUUUAUUGAAACAUGCACAAGUGCUUUAUCAAUACAAAGAGUAACAAAAACUUUCGACUCUAAUAUUUUUUCACAAAUUCCUAAUAAAACAGAAACUGAUCUCGAUGUCAUUUUUUCAGCUGGAAUUGCACGAGUUAAACAGCUUGGUAAUAAUAAAAUAAAUUUAGAUAAUUUAAGAACACGCAAGUCUAAUUUUGAAGAUUGUAAUACAUUUAAAUCCGAAAGAUAUGAAAGAUGGAAUAGAAAAGAAGAUCCAGAUACAUUUAGGAAUUUAACUAAAGAAGAAUGGGAAGCAAAAUAUGGAAUAGCAAAUACUGCAAUAUCUCCAACUAUUAUACGAAAAAAUGUCUUUAAUAACGAUGAAAAUUUAAUCAAAGAUAAAAACAAUUGCAUCCAACGAUAUUGUUCGUCAGAUUCAUCUAUGAGACACUUGAGUCCUUUAACUCAUGAAAUUUCUACGUAUAAUGUAGACAAAUAUAUUAGCGAACCUAAUGAAAUAGAAGAAUUGCAAAGUAUAGAAGAAUCGAAAAGUGGCGAAUCUAGUUUGAUUAGUUCUAGUGAUACCGAUGAAGAAACUGUUGCUUCUAAUGUGACAAAAUUGUUGAAAGUAAUUAAAGAAAAAGAAAAAAUUGCGAAGAAGAAAUCGCUCAAUGAAACAAUCAGAGAUGAAGUAGCUGCUGAAAUAGAAAAGAAAUGGAAAGAAAAAAGUAAACAUAAGGAAAAAAAAUCUCGUAAGCGUGGAAAAAGAAAAAAAGAUAAAAAAGACAAACGAAGAAGAGAAAAAAGAAAGAAGAAAAAGAGAAGUUGCUAUUCAGACUCAUCAAAAUUCAGCGGAAAAAUUGAAAGAUCCCGAUUAUUGACGAUGAAAGAUGAAAUUAAGAAAGAAGUAAUUGUCAAGCAAGAGCCGACCAAGUCUGAAGAAAAUGCUUCAUUUAAUAGUGAGAUUAAUAAUACUAUAAUUAAUAAAGUAAUAGAUUUACGAAUCGAAUCUCAAUGUUUACAAAUAGAGAAAGAACAAUUAUCUGCAGUUACAAAUACAACAUCACAAUCUAAAAAUAAAUCCACAGAUAUCCCAAUGCAACCAAAAACUAAAGCACAACUUAAACAAAUGCCAGAAUCUAAUAACACAGAUCAAAUGCAUAUGAAAAAAACAAUUGAAAUUACAAAUAAUAAAACAAAUAAUGAAAAGAUAAAAGAUCUUUUGGAUAUGAAUAAAGAUACUGAAAUAACAAAAAACAAUAAUGAACGAAUAGAUACUGUUUCAUAUACGAAUUUUUCUUUGCAUCAAAUUCAUGUAUCUGUUAAUAAGGAAUUGCCUUCAUCUAUUCAAUCACACGUUAAGAGCAACGAUACACCAGAUAUAACAUCACUUAAGUCAUUUAAUUAUAAUACUUUAAAUUCUGUUACUAAUCUUAAUAUAAAUAAUCAAAAUGUUGAUCAAAAAGUAUGUACAAGUAUUUCUUCGGCAGAAAAUAAAAGUAGUGGUUAUAAAAAGAUAGAUAUAAAAGCGUAUAAAGAACGCGCAUUACAAAGACGUCUAAAAGAACAAACUAUAUCAAAAGAAAAUCCUGUAAAUUCUAUUUCAUUCAUUCAAGAAUCGCAUCAUGUUUUACCUGUUAAUCAAUCUAAUGUUGAAUUGUUAAAUGUAAUGAAAGAAACGAAAAAAAAUGAAACUGAUAUAAAUGAAUUAAAAGAUCCACGGUUAAGAAUAAGAUCAAUAAGUACUCCUUCUUUAGAAGAUUCUGAUAAAGAAAUUAAACAGAAAAUUAGUAAUUUAAAUGAAAUGGAUAUUGUACAAAAAAAUGAAAAAUCUUUAAUUCCCGUACAAUUAGAGAAUCCUAGCGAAAAUAAUAUAAUUCGUCCAAUAAAUUCUGAUUUAAAUAUACUUAAAGAUUCUAUUAAAUACAAAAAAUGCAGAAAUGAUAAUAAAUGUUCAUCACAAAUAAUCACUAUUCAAGAAUUUGAUGAAUUUCGAAAAAAAGAAAAAUUAAAAUUUGAAUCAGACAAAAAAAAACCAUCUUCAACUAUUGACUUCUUUAAAUUUAAGAAUAUUCGAUCAGAAGGUAGUAAAGAAUUGAAAUUGAAAAAAGAAAAGUCCAAAAAAUCUAUUGAAAAAAAGAAAAAAGAUUCAAAACCAAAUGAAUCUAGAUCGCCGAUAAAUGAAAAAUCUAUAGAGAAAUAUUCCUAUAAAAAGAUAUCUGAAAACGAUCAAGAAUCGUUAAUCUUAAAUUCACAUACUAAUGAUCAAAUUGAAAUUAAGAAAAUAAAUAAUGAUAUCAAUGAAAAUUUAUGUACUACACAAAUUACUGAAACGUGUUCAAAAAAUAUAAAAGGAAUAAAUGAUGUUAAAACUAUACAAGAACAAAUUCAUACUAAUUCUAUAGUAAAAGAAAAAAAUCAACAAUCUACUGAUAACAGAGAAUCAAUAAAUGUUAAUAAGAAUGUUACUUUCCAAAUUAAUAAAGAAAUAAUUACAGAAAAUCAGCAGAUUAUAAAUCAAAAUCUAAUAGAAACAAAAGAUGAUCAAAAUUUAAUAAGUUUAAUAAGUUCAGGAGAAAAAAAUAAUAUUAAAGAGAUUGAAAAACAUGCAAUUGAAAUCAAUAAAUUACAUACAAUAUCGACUGAAUCUGAGAAUUUAAAUCUUUCUCAAUAUUUGACUAUUGAAAACUUAAACAUUGAAAAAGAUACAUAUAGUGAAAUGUCAUCAAUAGGUUCAACUUUUUUUAGUCAUACUCCAUCAACCGAAAAACAUAUGGAAAAUACAAUACUCGUUUCGAAUCAUAUUAGCAAAGAAUCUCAUCCGUUAAUUGAACAAAUUGAUGUUGAUAUUCAGAAAAAUGAUCAUUCAAUUAAUGUUAAAAAACUUUUAAAAAAUAUUGAAACUUAUAAUGAAUCUAUUUCGGAUAUGAAAAUGGAUUCAGAAGCUAUAGUUAAAAACGAUGGCAUAAAUGGAGAAACAAAUGAUGAAGAAGAACAUCAAGAUAAGCUUAUAUUUCAAUUAAAAACUUUAGAAAAUCACAAUAAAGUUAUCAAAAAUGAAACAAAAUCUCCAGAUAGUCCGAGUAGUCCAUUUAAGGGUUUUUUUGCAGAUACCAUCUGUGAAAAUGAUAUCUGUCAGGUAUCUCAAUUAUGUAAUGCAAAAAUGAAGAGUGAAAGUAAUAAAAAAAAUGUAAUAAUGGAUUCUGAUCAAUUAAAAACAUGUUUUAAUGAUAGAGCACCCAUUAUAGAGUCAGUAAAGGAUUAUAGAAAUAAUGCUAGAAGUUUUUCUAAAAAAAUGAAGAAAGAUAACGAAAUAACAUUGAUUAAUAAUUUAGUAAAAGAGAAACAAAAUAUUCAAGAUAAGACAAUAGAUAACAAUAGUUUAAAUAUGAGAGAUGAAGUCGAUAUAAUAAUAUCAAAAACAGAAAACACAGAUAUAACAAAGAAUAAAAAUGAUCUAACAUAUAAUUUUCCAUCUGAACAAAAGAAAAUUUUAUGUAAAUUUGAUAUAGAAAAUCACGAUACAUUCAAUGAAGAUAGUGAACCAUUUAUUGUUUUGGAUGAUUAUAUAGAUAAUGCAAAUGAGAAAUCAAUUGAGAAAUUUAAUACUCUUGAUUUAGAUUUUGAAGAUUGUAUUGCGAGAGAUGCGAAUAUUUUUACGACUAAAUCAUUACAGGUAGAAGAAAAUUCGAUGAACAAUAUUAAAUCACCAUGUUUUGAUUCAAUAAUUUUCAACAAAGUAUCGGAAAGUAUAUUUGAUAAAAAAGAUAGUGUCAACAAAGGACAAAGUCAGAACAAUAUAACUUCUAUGCAUGAAAAAGAAAAAUCUACAUUAUCACAAAAAAAUAUUUCCUUUUCAAAAAAAUUAUUUGCACCUAUAGAAAGAACUAUAAAUAUUACAGAUAUAGUUUCUUCCACUUCUGAAUCGAAUAUUGAAGAAUCAAAAAUGCCAAACAUUACUGAACCAAUUGAUUCAGUUAUUUCAGAUAUUUCAAUAGAAUGUUCGCAAAAUAUUAUUAACACUACAUCUAAAGAUAUUUCUCAAAAAGCUGAAGAAAUUCCUGAAUCAUCUGUAAUAGAAAUGAGAAUUGAAAAAGAAAAUCAUAAUUUUAUUAUAUCAGAGAAUAAUUCACAACAUAAUCUUGAAUCUUUAAGUGCAGCAAUCACAUCUUCUGAAAAUAAAACUUCAGAAAAGUUAAAUAUUAAUUUAACAGAAGAUACAAAUACACUUUCAGAAAAUUUUUCACUUGCAUCAAUAUCUGAAACAAUACCUGAAAAAAAUACAGAAUUUUUAGUACUGGAAACCCAAGAAGAAUUAGAUAAUUCUAUAGAUCAACAAAUAUUAGUUCCUUUUGAAAUAAAGAUGUCCAAUAAUAAAAAUGCAUCAAUUGAUUCUGCUAUAGAAUAUGAGGCAUCAAAAAAUUCAAAUAAAACAAUUUCAAAAAAAUUAAUUCAAAAAAAAAGAAAUAUAAUGUUAAAUAACAUAAAAAAUAAAUCGAGAAUGCGUUUAAAUCGAUGUAAAUAUAAAAAACAAAAGCAUAACAUUUCUAAAAAAGUAAUAAAAAAAGUUAUAAAAUCAGAUACUAUAAAAAACAUUACAUAUCCAAACACAAAAGCAGCUAUCAUGGCUAGGAUGAUUGAAAUUGAUGUUGAAAUUCACAAAUUAAUGACAGAGAAAAUGACUCUCUAUAAGAUGUUGACAAGUGGUACUUUACCAAAUGACGACAAUUUACAACAAAAUAAUGUAACAUACGAAAAUAAAGAAGUUGGAAUACCAGUGAUUAGACCUCAAACACCAUCUAUGUUAAUGUCACAAUUAAUUCAGAAUAUUGAAACUAAUCCAGUAACAAAUCAAUGUGCCAAAACAAAUAAAGAAAAUUUAUCUAUAAAAGACAUUCCAAAUAAUCCUAUGCAAUCAAAUAAAUUUAAGAUAUUACAUAAACAUGAUCAUUAUACAGAAAAAAAAGAAAAUUGUACUUUUACUUAUAAUUCCGAUGAUGAAAUUACAUGUCAUAUUGGAGAUAUUAAAUCAUUAAGCUCUACAAAAAGAAAAAGAAAAAAAUCUAGAUUAAUUAAAAAGUUGGAAAAUAAACUAAACAGUAAUAUAUCUAAUAAGGAUAUACAAAAUACAAUCACAGAAAAAAUAAAAGUUAAUGAUAUAACAUCUCAAAAAAUCAAUAUAAAACAAGGAAUGAUAGAGCAAGACUCUGAUCAGAUAUCAGUGAAUGAAAUCAAAUCUCAAGAAGAUAUGAACAAAAUAUGUACACAGCAAAUUGAGUUAUCUAAUAAGGAUAAAAUAGAGAUGUUAAAAUAUCAAGAAAUUGACAAAAUUAUUGAAUCUACUGAAUCUCAAAUAUCAAUUGAAAAAAAUAUUCAGACAAAAAUACAAACAUUUAAUGAAAGAAAUUAUUUAAUAAAAGAUAAUGAAAGAAAUAUUGAAAUUUUAAACAAAAAAAGUAUCAAUAUAGAUAAUAAAAAUAAUGAUGAAAAGAAUAUAGAAAAAUCAUCAGAGAAUAGAACACCGGAAAGAUCAUCAAUAUAUUCGGAUGAUAGCACUUGGGAUUCUCUUCUUCAAAAUUCAAGUGUAGAUGAUCAAAAGAAACCAACCACAGGUCUUGCUCUUUUAGAAGAAACAUAUAAGAAAGAAAUGGCGAAAACACGAAGAAUAAAAGCCGAAGCACGAAAAAAGAAAAAGAAAAAAUUGCAAAAUUUAUUGCAAUCUGUAAAUAUUUUAACUCCUGAUGAGGAAGAGCUACCACUUUCUAUAUUAUAUAUAAAAAAAUUGCACCAGAAAAAAAAAUUAUUGGAUUCUUUAGAGCAACAAAUGAAACAACAAACAAAUCAUAAUUCACAAUUGUGGAAAAACGUAGUUGAAGUAAUAAAUGUGACAAAAAACGAAACAGAAAAUCUUGAAUCAUUUGAAAAACAAUCAGUUGAAGACGUUAUAUCUCAUGUAUUAAAUUCAGAAAAAAACACUGAAUCUAAUGAAAAUAAAGAGAAACAAAUAAUAGAUUUAAAAUCAAGAGAUAUUGCGGAAUUUUAUACUGAAUCAUUAAUGAAUCAUGAAAAUAAAAAUGAAAGAAAUAACAAUUCUAAACAAAAUAAUUUACAAAUAUUAUCUAAUAAAUCACAAGAAUUUUUUAAUAAUAAACAUUUUCAAAAAAAUUUGGAAAUCAAUGUAUCAUCAAAAAUUGCAAAUGAUUUAUCCGAAAUAUCUAUAUGUGAUACAUAUAUGAAUAUAAAAGAAAAUUUAACAAAAUCUUCUGAACAGCAAACUAUGAAAAAUAAUAAUAUAGAAAUUAACCAAAUGAAUUCAUUAGAAGGUUCAAAUUCAUGUCUUACAGAAUCAAAUUUAAAUAAUAUACAUAAUAAUCAAAAUAUUUCGAAUUCUUCGGAAAAUUCCGAUAUAGAAAAAGUUGAAAAAAAAACUGAUAAAACAAACAUGGAAUUUUAUUUUCAAAAGAAACUUGUUAAUACUGAAAAGAAUAUUACAACACAAGAAUUUAUUAAUAAUCAAUUGAUAAUAACAUCAGAAGAUGUUGAAAAAAAUUACGAUACUUUAAUUGAACCUAAUAAUGAUAAAAACAUUAUAAUUAUAAAUGAAAAAGAAAAAAUAAAUUCAAAAGUACAAAAUGUAAAUGAAGAAAAAUUACAGGAUGAUAAAGAUAAUAAUACUAUUAAAGAAUUUAAUAAUAUAUAUCAGGAUGAACAUUUUAUAAGUCUCAAGGAACAUAAAGAACAGCAUAAUAAAUGUUCAAGUGAAGAAAAUAAUAAUCAAUCUUCUUUUAUUGAGAAUAUAGAAGUAUCAAAAAGUGAUAUAUUUGAUAAAAAGUUGUAUAAACGUAAAAGAAGAAACAACAAAACUCCUCUUCGACGAAGCUCAAGAUAUGCUGAAGAAUCUGCAAAACGUAUAAAACUAGAAGUUGACAUUGACUUAAAUGCUAAACAAGAGGAAAAGAAUUCCAAGAUAUCUCCGAAUACAUUAUCUAUAUCAUUAUCGCCUUGUGAAGAAAUUGAAACUAUAUUUACAAAUUCUAAAAAAAACCGUAGUAUUCAAAAACCAAUAAUAAAUAGAAAGCGAUGUACGCCUAUGUCUCCGGAAAUUAAAAUUUUAUCACAUGAAUCGAAUUUAAAUAAUGAAUCAUUAAAAGCAAUUAAAAAAUACAAAAAACAUACAAUGUCCGAAAUGAUGAAUUGUAUAGUACGAGUAGUAGAUUGUAAACAUAUGAUUUUGAAUCCAACUAUAAGUUUAAAUUUAUUACAAAAGUAUGGAAUAUCCAAAAUUAAUACGAACAUGUAUUCUAAUUCUUCAGAAAUAGAUUUUCUAGAUUCUGUACAAUCAACAUCAACUAAAGACAUAUUGACUAUAUGUACAAAACAAGCAUCAUUGACUGAAUUUUCACGAACUCAAACUUCAAAGUUAAUUAAAACAUUUGAUGAUACAACAGGACCCAUUACUGAUCAAUUAAAUCUCAUUAAAAUCAAAAAAAUAUCAAAAUCUGUAAAAAAUUCACUUGUAAAUGAUAAAGAAGAACAUAAUAAUGAUACCGAAAUUAUGCCAAUUUUAAUAAAAGAGCCAAAUAUUACGAAUAAUAUACAAAAUUGCGAUAAGCCAGAUAUUGAAAUUGUGGAAGAAAAAAUGAAAGUUAUCAAGAAUCAACAAUACAAUAAUUGUGAAUCGACACCGACUGUGAUAAAUAUGACAGAAGAUAAAGAACUACCGAGAACACAAUAUACAGUACAUAAAGGUCCCAUUUUAGAUAUUAAGGUAAAGAAAAAACGGCAUCAUAAUAAAAUCAGAAUGAAAUGAAAAUAUUAAAAUAAUUUAUUUAUUCUUAUUUUUC